CAGUCCCCUCCCCCGGCGGGCGGGAGCCCCAGCUCCGCGGAGGCCGCAUUCCUGCCCGGCGGCGGCCCCCGCCCCGCGCCCUCCCCCGCCCCCCUUUCACAUGCAAACUCCGCUCCGGUCCGGCGGUCCCUCGGCCCCGGAGGCCGCCUCCUUUGAUCCCUCGGGCCGGGGUCAGCGGGCCCCGCCCCCUCGCCUGUUGGGGGGGAUCGGGAAACAGCCCGGGAGCCGGGCCGGGACCUUUUGUGCCCGCGAGUCCGGGCUGGGCGCGCUCGCCUCCCGCCCCUCCGCCCGCCCCGCUCGAAGCCCGGGAGCCGGGAGCUCGUGGCUGGGGCCGCGGGGAAGUUUAGCCGGGAAGUGCGCGGAGUCGGAACCAGGGCCCAGGAUGCCGCCCGCCGCCGCGGGCCGGGCCGCGCCGCCCUGAGCCGGCCAUGCGGCCCCGGGGAAGGGGGCGGCUGCGGGCGCUGGGGGCCGGGCUGCUGCUGCUGCUGCUGCUGCUGCUGUCCGGCCUCUACCUGCUCGGCGGGGACCUGGCGGAUGCCCGCCUGCUGCUGCCGGCGCCCUGCUCCGGGGGGGCCCCGUCGGGGCUGGACGCUCACGUCCGGGCCGUGGAGGAGGAGAAUCGGCAGCUUCGGGAGGCGCUCCGGCGCGCGGGGCGCGGGGAGACGCGGGGCCGGACGGCCUGCCCGCAGCAGCCCGCGGUCCACAAGUGCGAGCUCCUGCACGUGGCCAUUGUGUGCGCCGGGCACAACUCCAGCCGCGACGUGGUCACUCUGGUCAAGUCCAUCCUCUUCCACAGGAAGAACCCGCUGCACUUCCACCUGGUGACAGACUCCGUGGCUCGCGGCAUCCUGGAGACUCUCUUCCACACGUGGAUGGUGCCCUCGGUGUCCGUCAGCUUCUACAACGCGGACGAGCUGCAGCCCGAGGUCGCCUGGAUCCCCAACAAGCACUACUCGGGCAUCUAUGGCCUCCUGAAGCUGACCCUGCCCCGGGCCCUGCCCCCCAGCCUGCCCCGGGUCAUCGUCCUGGACACCGAUAUCACCUUUGCUUCGGACAUCGCCGAGCUGUGGGCUGUCUUUGCCCGGUUCUCAGACAAGCAGGUGAUUGGGUUGGUGGAGAACCAGAGUGACUGGUACUUGGGGAACCUCUGGAAGAACCACCGUCCCUGGCCUGCCUUGGGCCGGGGCUUCAACACAGGGGUGAUUCUCCUGCACCUGGAGCGCCUGAGGCAGGCAGGCUGGGAGCAGAUGUGGAGGCUGACGGCCGAGCGGGAGCUGCUGACCAUGCUGGCCACUUCCCUGGCGGACCAGGACGUCUUCAAUGCCGUGAUCAAGCAGCACCCGUGGCUGGUGCACCCGCUGCCCUGCUCCUGGAACGUGCAGCUCUCGGACCAUACGCGGGCCGAGCAGUGCUAUUUGGAGGGGUCCGACCUCAAGGUGAUUCACUGGAACUCACCCAAGAAACUUGGGGUGAAGAACAAGCAUGUGGAGUUCUUCCGCAACCUCUACCUGACCUUCUUGGAGUACGAUGGGAACCUGCUGCGCAGGGAGCUGUUUGGCUGCACCGGCACCGCCCCGAGCGAGCCAGAGCAGCCAAGGCGAGCCCCGGGGGAGCCCGAGGAGGACGGCUGCGAGGAAUUCCGCCAGCAGCAGCUCGCCGUGCACCGGGUGCACCUGACCUUCCUGCCCUACGAGCCCCCCGCCCCCCAUCCGCAUGAUGUCACCCUGGUGGCCCAGCUCUCCAUGGACCGGCUGCAGAUGCUGGAGGCGCUCUGCCGCCACUGGGCCGGCCCCAUGAGCCUGGCCCUGUACCUGUCGGACGCGGAGGCUCAGCAGUUCCUGCGCUUCGCGCAGGCCUCCUCGGUGCUGGCCGCCCGGCGGGACGUGGCCUUCCACAUCGUGUACCGGGAGGGGCCCCUGUACCCCGUCAACCUGCUCCGGAACGUGGCCCUGGGCCAGGCCCGCACCCCCUACGUCUUCCUCAGCGACAUCGACUUUCUGCCGGCCCGCUCGCUCUACCACUACCUCAGGACCUCCAUCGAGGAGCUGGGCCUGGCCGCCCGCAAGGCCGCCCUGGUGGUGCCGGCCUUCGAGACCCUCCGCUACCGCCUGAGCUUCCCCACGUCCAAGGCGGAGCUGCUGUCCCUGCUGGAUGACGGCUCCCUCUACACCUUCAGGUACCACGUGUGGCCCCGAGGGCACGAGCCCACCGACUACGCCCGUUGGCGCGAGGCCCGGGCCCCCUACCGUGUGGAGUGGGCGGCCGACUACGAGCCCUACGUGGUGGUCCCCCGGGAUUGCCCCCGCUACGACCCCCGCUUUGUGGGCUUCGGCUGGAACAAGGUGGCGCACAUCAUGGAGCUGGACGCACAGGAGUAUGAGUUCUUGGUUCUGCCCGAAGCCUUCGCCAUCCACUUACCCCACGCUCCCAGCCUCGACAUCUCCAGGUUCCGAUCCAGCCCCACUUAUCGGCGUUGCCUCCAGGCCCUCAAGGAGGAAUUCCACCAGGACCUCUCCCGCCGCUACGGUGCGGCUGCCCUCAAGUACCUCACGGCCCAGCGGCAGCUCUGAGGGGUCUCGGGCCGGGGGG